AUGGCGACAGGUAACAAUACUGCCCACCCCAGUGCGGUGGUGGAAAUGCCAAGAACAGCAGUUGUCACAGGAGGAGGUUCUGGUAUGGGCCGGGUUGUAGCACAUCGGCUUGCACUUCAGGGCUGUACGUGGAUAGCCUUGCUGGAUCAGAACGAGGCCGGACUCGCUGCAGUACGAUCAUUCAUUGAAUCAGAGGAUACAAAUGCAGAUCUCAAAAUUUUGACCUUGGCUUGCGAUGUCGCCGACGAAUCAUCGGUUGCAGCAUCAUUCGAAACUAUUCACCGCGAGUUCAAGCGUAUAGACUAUGCAAUCAAUUGCGCAGGGAUCACACUGCCCGCAAGUCCCACAGAUACUUGCUCUACGUCCGACUUCGACCGUACCAUAGCUGUCAAUCUUCGUGGUAUUUUUCUUUGCGCACGAGAGGAGUUGCGGAUAAUGAAGUCGCAGCCAUUGGAUUCCGAGGUUUUUCCAGGAAUUCCUGCUCUUCGAGCGCAGCGGGGAGCAAUUGUCAAUAUUUCCUCGGGACUUGCCCUGGCCGCGAUGCCAAAUUCACCAGCUUAUUGCGCGUCCAAAGCUGGUGUCCUUGCGCUGACUCGGUCCGAUGCAUUAGAUUAUGCAGCUCACCGCAUACGAGUAAAUGCAGUGCUCCCUGGCACAAUCGAAACACCGAUGACACAUGCCAACGAGAAGAUGCGCAGGGUUAUAGAAGCCCAUGCAGUUAACGUUAUGACACCCAUGAAGCGUUGGGGCCAAGCAGAGGAAAUUGCUGAUACCUGUAUCUUCCUUUGCAGUAACAAAGCGAGCUUCAUACAGGGAGUUUCGCUCCCUGUAGAUGGAGGGUAUACAGCAAUUUGA